AUGAAUAUUAUAUUAAGUUUGUUUUUGUUUGUUAUAUAUGUAGUUUAUCUGUUACCAUGUCGCACACAAGAUGAUAAUAAAAAAAAUAGUUUCGCAGAGAUAUGUAAAAGUGCAAGAAAUAAAGAUGAAUCGUGCGUAUACUGUAUAAAUGAUUAUAAAUUGAAAAAUACAAUAUAUAAAUAUAAUAAUCUUAUGAAAAUAUUUUUAGAUAAAUAUAAAUUAGAUAAUAAUAAGUUAGCAAUAGUUGAAAAUUCAUGUGGAGAACCCGAAAAUUAUAUAACAUAUGGAAAUUUUUUCAAAAAGGUUUUAUCUUUUAGUCAUUCUUUGAAAACAUAUGAAGGUACAGGUAUUCCAGAAAAAAUAUAUAAUGAAGAAAUGAAUAAUGGAAAAUUUCGAUUAUUAGGAUUAUAUGGUAAUAACUCAACUAAUUGGCUAAUUACUGAUUUGGCUUGUAUGAUGAGUGGCGUUACAACAUUAGUAAUUCAGUCGAAAUUUAGUAUAGAUAUAAUUAUUGAUAUAUUAAAUAGUUCAAAAUUAGAAUGGUUAUGUUUAGAUUUGGAUUUAAUUGAAGGAUUGUUAUGUCGUAAAAAUGAAUUGCCAUAUUUGAAAAAGCUAAUAAUUCUAGAUAGGCUAACUAAACGUAGUGAAAUGAACAUAGAAAAUGAAGAAAAAAAUAGUGCUUCAAGAAGAAGUAGUAAUAAAUCAAAAUAUAAUAAAUCUGAUAAAACAGAAGAUGCUAGUUUGUGUGCCUUAGAAUGUGAUAAUGAAAAAAUAGAAAAGAUUAAUUCAUUAAAAGAAAAAGCUAAGACACUUGGGUUAAGUAUUAUCGUAUUUGAUAAUAUGACAGAGAAUGAUAUAAUUAAUUAUAAAGUUGAAAAGGAAGAUCCUAAUUUUAUUGCCUCUAUUGUAUAUACAUCUGGAACAUCUGGGAAACCCAAAGGUGUUAUGUUAAGCAAUAAGAAUUUCUAUAAUGGAGUAGUACCAUUAAUCGAUCAUAAUUUAUUAAAAGUACAUCCUCUAAAAACACAUUUAUCUUAUUUACCAGUAUCUCAUGUAUAUGAAAGAAUUAUAGUUUUAGGGAGUAUAUUUUUGGGUAUAAAAAUUAACAUAUGGAGUAAAGAUAUUAAAUAUUUGAAUAGAGAUAUAUGUAAUUCUAAUAGUGAAAUAAUAUUUGGGGUACCUAAAAUUUUCAGUAGAAUGUAUACAAAUAUUAUGACAGAAAUAAACAAUUUAACACGUUGCAAGAAAUUUAUAGCAAAACAGGCUGUAAAUUUACGUAAAGGUAAUAAUGAUGGAGGUAUUAGUAAAGUUGUUGAAGGUAUUACAUCUGUAUCAAGUAAAAUAAAAGAUAAGAUAAAUCCAAAUGUACGUGCUAUUAUAAAUGGUGGUGGAAAAUUAUGUCCAGAUAUUGCUUCUGAGCUAAGUGUUUUACUAAAUGUUAAAUAUUAUCAGGGGUAUGGUUUAACAGAACUUGCUGGUCCUAGUUUUAUACAAGAUGUAAAUGAUAAGAACACCGAAAGUAUGGGAGUACCUAUUUCUCCUAGUACAAAAUAUAAAGUAAGAUCAUGGGAAACAUAUAAAGCAACUGAUACGUUACCAAGAGGAGAAUUAUUAAUUAAAAGUGAUUCUAUGUUUAGUGGAUACUUUUUAGAAAAGGAAUGUACCAAAAAUGCCUUCACCGAUGAUGGUUAUUUUAAAACGGGAGAUAUUGUACAAAUUAAUGAAAAUGGUUCUUUAACAUUUUUAGAUAGAUCAAAGGGUUUGGUUAAAUUAUCUCAAGGUGAAUAUAUAGAAACGGAUAUGAUAAAUAAUUUAUAUUCUCAAAUACCUUUUGUAAAUUUUUGUGUCGCUUAUGGUGAUGAUUCUAUGGAUGGACCAUUGGGUAUUAUAUCUGUGGAUAAAUAUUUACUAUUUAUAAGUUUAAAGAAUGAUAAAAUGUUAGAGAAAACUGGAGUUACUGAAAAAAAUUAUUCAGAAAAAUUAAUUGAUGAAACAUUAAAUGAGACUAUUUAUAUUGAUUAUGUAAAGGGGAAAAUGAUGGAAAUUUAUAAAAAAACUAAUUUAAAUAGAUACAAUGUUAUUAAUGAUAUAUAUAUAACUUCCAAACAAUGGGACACAACGAAUUACCUUACUCCAACAUUUAAAAUAAAAAGAUUCAAUGUAUUUAAAGAUUUUUCCAUUUACAUAGAUGCAGUUAAAAAGAAAUAUGAAGACAAAUUAAAAGGAAGUACUAUCAGAAAUAUAAAUAAUGGUAAAAAUUGUGAGAAAAAAGAUGAUAUUAAAAAUGGAAAUAAUAAUAAUUAUAAUAAUAAUAACAAUGAAAAUAAUAAUAAUAAUAAUAAUAACAAUGAAAAUAAUAAUAAUAAUAAUAACAAUGAAAAUAAUAAUGAAAAUAAAAGAAUAUCCGGAUCGCAAUUGAAUGCUUUAAAAGAAUAUGCAUUAAAAUCUGAGGAACAUGAUGUUCCAGAAGUUCAAAAAUCUCAAAGAAAAUAUGAAGAAAAUUCCAUAUCUAGACCAGUUCUAAAACAAUUAAGAAAUGUUGAUGAAAUGUCUAUGAGAAACGCAAUAUAA